CAGCGAUGGCGGCUGCGGAAGGCCUGGCGGCCCGGCUGGCCCGGCAGGAGCAGGAGAUCCGCGGCUUGGCGGCCGAGAUCGGGCGGCUGAAGGAGCCCGAGCGCUGGCCCGGCGGCCUGGGCCUCCUCGCCGACGCCAGCCCGGAGCUGCAGGCGUUGCGGGCCGAGAACGAGAAGCUCCGCUACCGCCUCCUCCACCUCCGGCGCAGCCUCCAGGCAGAGCUGGCCCGGCCCGGGCAGCAGCAGCAGCAGCAGCCGCCGGAGGGGGCAGCAGGGGAGGAACCUACCAGUGCAAACACCGUCGCUUGCCAAUCCAAACAUAAAAAGGAGAAGAAGAAAGAAAAUGAAGCUGCAAAUGGGUCUAGGAGUGAGGAACCCAGCUACGUCCAAGACAGACUGAAGCUCUACGAAGUGCUGAAGAGAGAGCAUGACAGUCUGCUUGCCUCCAGGGCGGCUGGUCAGAGCAGGACGAUCCAAAUCACGCUCGCUGAUGGGAAGAAGGUGGAAGGGAAAUCCUGGCAAACAACGCCCCAUCAGAUCGCACAAACCAUCAGCCGAGCACUGACUGACAACGUGGUCAUCGCCAAAGUGAAUGGGGAACUGUGGGAUUUAGAUCGCCCGCUGGAGGGAGACGCUGCUUUGGAGCUCCUCACCUUUGACAACGAAGAAGCACAAGCGGUUUAUUGGCAUUCUAGUGCUCAUAUUCUUGGAGAAGCCAUGGAAAAUUUUUAUGGAGGAUGUUUGUGCUACGGACCGCCCAUUGAGAAUGGGUUUUAUUAUGACAUGUACAUGGAGAACAGAGGAGUAUCUAGUACGGAGUUCCCAACACUGGAGAACCUCUGCAAAAGCAUCAUAAAAGAGAAGCAGCCCUUUGAAAGACUAGAAAUCCGGAAGGAGGUCCUGCUGGGAAUGUUUAAGUAUAACCCAUUUAAAUGCCGAAUCCUGAAUGAGAAAGUCGACACGCCCACAACAACAGUGUACAGAUGCGGCCCACUGAUUGAUUUGUGCAGAGGGCCCCAUGUGAGGCAUACCGGCAAAAUUAAGGCCUUGAAGAUCAUUAAGAAUUCUUCCACCUAUUGGGAGGGGAAAGCCAACAUGGAAACGCUGCAGAGAAUUUACGGGAUAUCGUUCCCAGACAACAAAAUGAUGAAGGAGUGGGAAAAGUUCCAGGAGGAAGCCAAAAACAGAGACCACCGGAAAAUUGGCAAGGAACAAGAACUCUUCUUCUUUCACGAUCUGAGUCCCGGAAGCUGUUUCUUUCUUCCCAGAGGUGCCUUCAUUUACAAUACACUCAUCAGUUUUAUUAAAGAGGAAUAUCACCGGCGUGGCUUCACAGAAGUGCUUUCUCCCAAUAUCUACAACAGCAAACUUUGGGAAGUCUCCGGCCACUGGCAACACUACAGUGAAAACAUGUUCUCGUUUGAGUCCGAGAAGGAAACCUUUGCUCUGAAGCCAAUGAACUGCCCUGGACACUGCUUGAUGUUUGCUCACCGACCCCGAUCCUGGAGGGAAGUGCCUUUGAGGUUGGCUGACUUUGGAGUUCUCCACCGAAACGAGCUCUCGGGGACCCUGAGCGGCUUGACUCGUGUUAGGCGCUUCCAGCAAGACGAUGCCCAUAUCUUUUGCGCCAUGGAGCAGAUUGAAGAAGAAAUCAAAGGCUGCCUGGACUUCUUGCAGUCCAUAUACGCCGUCUUUGGCUUUACCUUUCAACUCCAUCUUUCUACAAGGCCUGAAAACUUCCUUGGAGAAAAGGCGAUCUGGGACCAGGCAGAGAAGCAACUCCAGAACAGCUUGGAUGACUUUGGGGAGCCCUGGAAGCUCAACCCAGGAGAUGGAGCAUUUUACGGCCCCAAGAUUGAUAUUACAAUCAGAGACGCUAUCGGCCGCUACCAUCAGUGUGCAACUAUACAACUCGACUUCCAGCUACCCAUCAGAUUUAAUCUCUCUUACGUUGGCAAAGAUGGAGACGACAAAAAACGGCCGGUGAUCGUCCAUAGGGCUAUUCUGGGCUCCGUGGAGCGGAUGAUAGCCAUCCUAACCGAAAACUAUGGCGGGAAGUGGCCUUUCUGGCUCUCUCCUCGGCAGGUCAUGGUGGUUCCUGUUGGGCCUACUUGUGAAGAAUAUGCUCAGCAGAUCUGCAGUGACUUUUUUGAUGCUGGCUUCAUGGCUGACGUGGAUCUCGACCAGAGCUGCACUUUAAACAAGAAAAUAAGAAACGCCCAGCUGGCUCAAUAUAAUUUUAUUUUUGUGGUUGGAGAAAAGGAAAAAGCAAAUCAUGCUGUGAACGUCCGGACAAGAGACAACAAAGUACAUGGAGAAGUUUCUGUUCCUUCAGCCAUUGAAAAACUAAUGAAGUUAAAAGAAUCCCAGACGCUCCAUGCAGAAGAAGAAUUCUGAUCCUUUCCAACUUGAGAACACACUGGAAUAUCAGGGUGCAGCUGAGCCAGUUUUCUUGGAAGUAAGCCCCACAGAAUUCAGUGAUACUUACUUCGUUGUAAGUAUGGUUAGGCUUGCGCCCUUGGAAGAAUGGGGCUAGCAUCUCAUGCCCUAGUACCUCUUUCAAGCUCUCGAGACAUUCAAAUAAGCAAAUCUAUAGCUGAUGCUUCUGAUGAAAUAGUGUGAAAUCCCCGGGCCCUUAUUUAAAUGCCCCUCGACCAAUUGCACGCAUCUGCCAAAUUGUGAAUCACCUUGUGAAUUUCCUAACGGAAAGGUGGUAAGACAAAAAUCCGUCAAUGAAUAAAAAGCUGUGAAGCUCCA